GAGGCUCAGAAACAUAUCACCAGUUCAACAUCGACAGCCGAAGUGUCUGGAUCACUUAUUUUAAUUACAUUUUCUAGAAGGAUUAUCGGAAAGGAAUUGUUUCUCAGGCAAAAGAAAUGAUGCAGCAUGUAGUGCUUUUGCUCCUCGGAGCUCAUCUUGCCUCGGCUGGAAAACACUCUCUGAGAUAUUUCUACACUGGUGUGUCUGCACUCAAUGACUUCCCAGAGUUCACUGCGGUCGGUCUGGUAGAUGAAGGGCCCUUUACAUACUUUGACAGCAACACAAAGAGAACUGUGCCGAAGACAGAGUGGAUGAGACAGAAUGUAGGAGCAGAUUACUGGGACAGAGAGACUCAGACUUUCACUGGCGCACAUCAGAGCUUCAAAGUCAGCAUUCAGAACGUAAUGAAACGCUUCAACCAGACGACAGGUGUUCACUCGUGGCAGCUGAUGUACGGCUGUGAGCUGGAUGAUGAUGGCACCAAACGAGGAUACUUCCAGUAUGGUUAUGAUGGAGAGGACUUCGUCAGUCUGGAUAAGAGCACCCUCAGCUGGACCGCUGCUAGUCCUGAAGCUGUCUUUACCAAACACAAAUGGGAGGCUGAUAGAGCUUUUGCAGAAUACUGGAAAGGAUAUCUGGAGAACACAUGCAUCGAGUGGGUGCAGAAGUAUGUUGGUUAUGGCAAAAGCACUCUGGAGAGAAAAGAUGCACCUGAGGUGUUCCUGCUGCAGAAGGACUCUUCCUCUCCAGUUUUGUGUCAAGCCACUGGUUUCUACCCCAGUAACAUAAUGAUGACCUGGCAGAAAAAGGGUGAGGAGCAUCAUGAGGAUGUGGAGGUUGGCACAACUUUGCCAAACGUAGAUGGGACUUUCCAGAAGACCGUCACUCUCUCAGUGAAGCCAGAGGAGUGGAAGAACAACAGAGAUGACUACAGAUGUGUGGUUCAGCAUGUGGGAGCAGCGAAGAACAUUGUUGUCACUGUGGAUGAUAUCCGCUCCAACCCAGGUUCUGACAAUAAAAUAGCAAUCAUUGUGGGCUGUCUUGUGGGCUUUGUUGUCCUAGCUGUCGUAGUUGGACUCAUUUUUUGGAGGAAGUCCAAUGGCUAUGGGAGGGCAAGCACCAAAGAUUCUGACUCUGAAAAUUCAGAUCAAGCUCUGGAUAAAGUAAAUGCCAAGUAUAGAAUAGCAUGAAGGAGUUCAGAGGAUGAGGAUUAGGAGUGUGGCAUCUCUUCAGCAUAAUAUUUUUUUUUUUAUCAAUUCAUUAGAAAUUUUCUGGUUUUGGUUUAUUUCUGAUUAUUUAUAGAAUCCUAUAAUCCUGUUAAAAUCACAAAAGAACUUAAUAGUUAUUUAAAAAAAAAUUGGAAGAGAUAUUAUUUCACAAUGGGCUUAAUAAGGGAGUAGUUCACCAUACCUUUUUUCUUAACCUCCUAAAGUACAUGCUGUAGUACAUCAUUAAGUGGUUUAAAUAUAUGACAAAGCUACAUGUGAUUGUAAUAUUGUUUAGUGGGUGAAUCUGUCAGUGCUGCUUCUUAAAUCUGAAGCUUUAGCUAUGACAAAACACCAAUUCACAGAUCAUUUAAAUUCUGUCAGCUUUCCUUCCCUUUUUUUUUUCUUAUUGUUAUUCUUUUACAUCCUGUGAUAAGUUAAUUGUAAGAGUUGGUGAUUGGUUGUUAACAGUUUAAUUAUAACUGUUAAUUAUAACUAUUUCUUAUGUAUUUGUUUGCUUUUACAUUUAAGUCCAUUUUGCUGUAUCACAUAAAAAGAAGUCUUUGCAUCGCUGGCUGUACAUGAAUUUUACUUUUAAUUCUGAGGGGUAAAUAUAAAAGAUUGAUGAGCAGUUGUAUGUGACUAAACAAUUUGUAUGUGAAAAUGUAAAUUCCAAAUUUAAAUAAAAAAAGUUCCUCAA